AAAUAAAUAGCUUUUCCUGUAGGAGGAGGAGACCUCCCAUCGUUUAGCAGAACCUGGAAGACAAAAAGGGAAGUUAGGAAAGCCUCAUGAAGCUGCUGGCUCCGGCUCUUCUGCUCUGCACGCUCCUCCUGAGCUUCGCUCUCCUCGAGUCUUCGUCCGCAAUGUCGCAGUUCUGCGGGAACAAGUGCGAGGGGAGGUGCGCGAAGGCCGGGGUGAUGGACCGGUGCAUCAAGUACUGCGGCAUCUGCUGCGAGGAGUGCCGGUGCGUCCCGUCGGGGACCUACGGGAACAAGCACGAGUGCCCUUGCUACCGCGACAAGCGGAACUCCAAGGGCAAGCCGAAAUGCCCUUGAUGAAAAAGCCGAAUGCGUUUCUCCAUUGAUCUGGAGAGCUCUUUUCAAGUUUUUGAGCUUGAGUAGAAAUGGCUCCGAUGCUGAAAUAAGAUGAGCGUUGGAAUGCAGACUAGGGUUUAGUCUGCAUGCUUUGGACAUCUCUGCUUUGAUCGUGUCUUGAUGAUGUGUGUUUUUGUAAUCUUGCCAUGGUGCCUGCUGGUGAUUAUCUU